AUGCUGGGAAAGAUUGCCCUAGAAGAAGCUUUCGCGCUUCCCCGUUUCAAGGAGAAGACAAGAUGGUGGGCUGGCAUGUUCGCCACUGAUGUUGAUAAGCAUACUGCCGAAAUCAACGACGUGGAUUCCAUUCGGUUGAAUUUCGCGGAGAAGCACGGCGUCGGUCUUCAGAUUCUCUCAUACACCGCGCCAGGUGUACAGGAUAUCUGGGAUGCCAAGGAUGCACAGGCACUCGCUGUUGAGAUCAACGACUACAUCGCCGAGAAGGUGCAAGCGCACCCAGACCGAUUUGCUGCUUUUGCAACCCUCUCCAUGCACGACCCCCAAGAAGCAGCUGCAGAGCUCCGCCGCUGUGUAACAAAAUACGGUUUCCUCGGUGCCCUCGUCAAUGAUACCCAGCGCGCAGGACCGGAUGGCGAUGACAUGAUCUUCUACGAUAAUGAGAAAUGGGAUAUCUUCUGGCAAACAUGUACCGAGCUCGACGUGCCGCUUUACCUCCACCCCCGCAACCCUACCGGCACAAUCUACGAGAAGCUCUGGGCAGAUAGGAAGUGGCUCGUUGGACCUCCUCUAUCCUUCGCGCAAGGCGUGAGUCUCCACGCGCUGGGUAUGGUCACGAACGGAGUAUUCGACCGCCACCCCAAGCUGCAGGUUAUCCUUGGACAUCUCGGUGAACACAUCCCAUUCGAUAUGUGGAGAAUUAACCACUGGUUUGAGGAUCGCAAGAAGUUGCUCGGAUUGCAGGAGACGUGUAAGAAGACUAUUCGGGAGUACUUUGCACAAAAUCUGUGGAUCACUACCUCUGGACAUUUCUCCACCCCUACACUGCAUUUCUGUAUGGCUGAGGUUGGGGCUGAUCGAAUUUUGUUCUCGAUUGAUUAUCCGUUUGAGACCUUUGAGGAUGCUUGCGACUGGUUUGACAAGGCUGAGUUGUCGGAGCCAGAUCGGUUGAAGAUUGGAAGGGAGAAUGCUAAGAAGCUAUUCAAGCUGGGUGACUAUAAGGAUAGCAAUGCCUGA